AUGUCUGUUCUCACUGUCCCCAAGCUGAUCCUGCCUCAUGGAAACAAUGAUGCUGGCCCUCAUCCUAGCCCUGUCCCAGUGCCCCGACCCUCCCUGUGGCUGCACCCCAGCCAGGGGGUGUCCCUGGGGGACACUGUCACCCUGCGAUGCCACCUGCCCCGGCAGGCUGCCCGGGUCUGGCUGUACCAGGACGAAGGUUGGACAUACAGCAAGGGCAAGGACAAGGAGCAGGACGUGGUCGAGUUCUCCUUCGUUAGCACAAAGUGGGAAAAAGCAGAUCACAGCUUUCCACCACCUGGCAUCUCCCUUCAAUCAAAGGAACGUGUGGGGACAGGAACCAAUGUCACCAUUCAUUGUUGGAACAAGGACUAUGGGGCCUCCUUCCUCCUGCACAAGGAUGGGCGCUCAGCCCCUAUCCAGCGCCAGGACCCGGAUGGUGGGGGUACAGCCACCUUCACCUUCUUUGGGGUGACCCCAGCUGAUGCUGGUACCUACAGGUGCUCCUACCAUCCCAAGAACCACCCCUUUGUUUCCUCACCCCUUGGGAGCAGCGUGACACUGGAGGUGACAUCCACACCCGCAACCCCAGGUUCUGAGGAGUGGUCCAGAGCGAGUCUAGUGAUAGCACUGCUGAGGGUCUUAUUUGCUGCACUUGUCUUCAGCCUUGAAGUCUUCUUUGCCAUUGAUGCCCGCAGCCUCUGGAUACAGAGAUUUGAGAACUGUGGUGAGGAAGGGGUUAAAUGUCUCCCAUCUCCUAUAGAUCACCCCCGUGUCCCCUGCCCCCCCUUCUAUCCCAUAUCGAUCCUCCCAGGUGUACCUUCCUGCCCUUUGAUCCCCUAUAGAUUCCCUAUAGAACUCCUUGGGCAUGACUCAAGGUCCCCCAUAACACCCACCUGCCCCACUCCACUUUAUGACACAGUUGCCCCCCAUAAUGCCUGACACUGUGCAGUUCCAGGUCAUUGUCUGGGUCAUGGGACCCAAAUCCCAACCUGCCCCUUGGGGCCUCACCAAAGCCCACCAUGGAAACCCAAACCCUGUCCAGAAGACAAUAAAUUUCAAUAAAAAUGGAAUUCUGCAUUGUGGAGUAAAUCCAGACACAAAAUCUCAGCCCUCAGACACGCUGCAGCCCUCCAGGCCAUCAACAUGCCCCAGACCCCAGAAAGCACCCACAUACCAAGUAGAAGGAACCCCCAAACCCACACAUAUGGUACCCCAAUAUCUGACCCAUGCGGGUGACAGAUCUAAUCCCCCAUGGACCCACAAUCCCUAAACACUCCCACACCCUGUGGGCACACCCAAACCACAGCAGGACCCCCAGAUAUCUCCCAUGGGAUCCCCAAAUCUCAGUCCCUCCCAAACUCCAGACCCACUCUCUUGGACUCCGCCCUCAAAUACCUUCACCAUAGGCCCCCCCUCCAAAGGAGCUUGGAGACCCCCACGGUGGCACCUCAUUGUUCCUCUGUGUCUCCAGGUACCCCCAGUGACAGUGAGCACCUGACCUGCACCAAGAUUUGUGCUGUGACCUCUGGUGCCCAGCCACCCAGGGCAGCUGACACCCCUCAGCCCCCCAUUAACUACAGCAAGGUGGGCACUGGGGGACCCUGCUGAUAUCCCCACACCCACAAUGCCUUGUUUUUUAGGUGCACUGAAAUGGACAGACUCCACAUUCCCUUGAUUGGAGGUCCUUGAUACUCUGUUCCCCUCCCUUACACCCCCAAAUCCUCACCCGUGCACCUCAUCUCAUUCACACACCACCAAAUCCCUCAAUUCUCCACUCUAACGCCCAUAUUCUUCCUGAUCCACCUCAAAUUCCACAACAUCCCUGGAGAUGCCAAAUCUUCUU